GGAGGCGCUGUUUAUUUAUAUCUGUCAAUGUUUGAAUAUUUUCAAGAAACUUUCUUCUGGUCUUUGUUAUUUCUGCGACCUAAAAAUUGCCAAUUCCCAACAUCGUGAUGUGGUGACGUCGUAUGACUGCCGAUUCAGACAUCUUCGGCUCUGGCCUCUUCCGUCCGUCUCAAAUCCAGCUCACCGACAGGGACAGAGUCGCACGGGAAGUUUAUCAAGUACCCUGCCUAUGUCCCGAAAUUCUUCCAGCCCAAGAAUGGCAAAAGCAGAGUGUGGAUAGAGAAGGAUGAAACUAGUCUUAUGGUGCUACUUUUCAAGGGCGCAAUAGAUGUAUUAAUUUGCGUCUGGGACAGCGAUACGACACACCGGAUUCAAUGGCACUGUGGGUUUGUCCUUCACCUCAGCGGGGAGACGGUCAUU